GGAGGCGUUAUCAGCUGUAGAAUUUUCCUCCGCAAGGCGAGCGGCGAGCGACUAGAAACCUGCAUGCGCAAUAUGUGUUCAUCUCUUUCCGUAGCACGUGCGGCGACAUCGAUCGGCCUCAGCGCGCUCUUUUCGGCCAGUCCGCGGCGACCCGUGUGGCGGAGCGUGUCAGCAGCCGCGCGUGUGCACUGUGCCUCCCGGUAUCGAUCCGCCAGCCCCAGCAGACCGCAUUGCCGUACAUUCCUCGGUGCGGAGGCGGUGCCUCGCCUAGUUUUCGUCGAUUGUCCGCGUGGCGGGCGCGUCGGCGUCGGCGACGGCCCGGGCGGCCCUGCGCAGAACGGAGCGGCGCGGGAGCGACCGACCCUCCUGCCAAAACCGGCUCGCUGUCCGCGGCGGACGGCUGUGAUGUAGCCGCGGCCGGUGAACGAGCGGCCUUCGGACAAAGGACCCGCGCCACACGCGUUCGCGAUGAAGAAGUUCACGUUCAAGGGGGUGCUGGACGGGUUCCGCAGCUCGGUGCAGGCCGCGCCGCGCGGGACCGAGCAGGAGAUCCAGGAGACGCUGCGCGCCGACCACUUCCAGAUCAAAAAGACUUUUCGCCACGGCUUCCCCUUCUCGCCGACGGCGCUGGCCUGGGACCCCAUACAGAAGCUACUGGCCAUCGGUGACAAGAGCGGCAACCUCAGGAUACUAGGUGGCCCCGGGGUGGACGCGCACGUGCGCCACGAGUCGGGCGAGGCGGUGCUGCACGCCAAGUUCCUUAUCAACGAGGGCGCGCUGGUCACGGCCACCGCGGACGACCUGCUCAACCUCUGGACCUUCCGCCAGAAGCUGCCACAGAGAGUGCAGUCCCUAAAAUUUCAAAGAGAACGGAUCACCUGCCUGCACCUGCCGCUGCAGUCCAAAUGGAUCCACGUGGGCACGGAGCGCGGCAACGUGCACGUUGUCAACAUCGAGACCUUCGCGCUGUCCGGCUACGUCAUCAACUGGAACAAGGCUAUCGAAGUGACGAGGCCGAACCACCCGGGGGCGGUGGUGGAAGUCAGCGACAACCCACUUGACGCUAGCAAGUUAGUGAUCGCGUUCGAGACGGGGCUGGUGGUGGUGUGGGACCUGCGCGCGCGCGCGGCCGAGUGGCGCGGCUGCCUGGGCACGGGCGGCGUGGGCGACGCGGUGCGCGCGGCCGCGUGGCAGCAGGACGGCAAGCUCAUGACGGCGCACGUCGACGGCGCGCUGGCCACGUGGAACCUGCGCGCGCCGCGCCCCAUGGCGCUGUCCUACCCUCACGCAAAAGCAAACAAAGACGGGAAACCUGAACCCUGUAAACCUAUACUCAGACUUGAAUGGAAAACUUCAAGAACGGGCGAGAGCCUGGUGAUCUUCUCGGGCGGGCUGCCGUCGGACAAGGCGGGCCGCACGCACAGCAUCACGGUGCUCAACGGCAAGAGCACCACGGUGCUGGAGAUGGAGCACAGCGUGGUGGACUUCGUCACGCUCUGCGAGAGCCCGCACGCCGCCGAUUACCAAGAGCCCUACGCCAUAGUGGUGCUGCUACAAAACGACCUGGUGGUGAUUGAUCUGCUGUCCCCCGGGUACCCGUGCUUCGAGAACCCCUACCCCAUGGACAUCCAUGAAUCCCCUGUAACCUGUUGCUGUUACUUCGCCGAUUGUCCCUCGGAUUUGAUCCCCGCCUUCUACUCGGUGGGGCGCCAGGCCAACAAGAAGGCGACCAGCUUCAGCGACAAGCUGUGGCCCAUCAACGGCGGCGAGUGGGCGCCCGCGUCCUGCUCCUACAGCGAGAUCAUACUCACCGGUCAUGCAGAUGGUAGUGUUAAGUUCUGGGACGCAAGUGCGGGCUCAUUACAAGUUUUGUACAAACUAAAAUGUUCUAAGGUGUUCGAGCGGCGUGGCGGUGGCGGCGGCUACGACGAAGACUCGCCGCUGGCCAUCCAGCAGGCGGCGCUGUGUGCGGAGUCCCGCAAGCUGUGCGUGGCGCUGCCGCACGGACACGUCGUGCUGUUCAAGUUCCGCAAAGCGGAGGUGCAAGCCGAGACUCAUGUAGUCGAGGUCCCAGUUAUCUCAGACACUGUGGAAGAGGAAACGUCACCGGAAGUAGAAAAUAGUCGAUCCGCCUCCUUCAGCAGAGGAGCCGAUAGCUUGGAAGGAGAUAACCGAAGAGUAAAUAAUUAUUUUGCGGGCGCGAGUGCGGGCGCGUGGGCGGGCAGCGCGCUGCGCGUGCGCGGCGGCGCGGGCUCGGGCGGCGUGCGGCGCGCCGCCGGCUUCCAGGCCGCGCUCGUGGCGCUGCAGCUCGGCCCGCCGCACCCCGUCGCCGCGCUCACCUUCAACUCCUCCUACGGCCUCAUGGCGUGGGGCGGCGAGCGCGGCGUGGUGGUGCUGGACGUGUGGCGGCGCUGCGUGGUGGCGGCGCUGCCCGCGCACGCGCUGUACCUGCCGCACCCCGACGCGCCGCACGCGCCGCGCCACGAGCGCCGCUCGCCCGACCUCGACCAGUUGGAGGAGUCUCCGGCCAGCCCCGAGCCCGCCGAGGAAGCCUUGCCGGAUCCCAAGCUCGACUCGCGGAGGAAAUCCACCCCCUGGAAGACCUUCAACCUUAAGCGACAGCUCUCUAAAGUAGACCUUAAAUUUAAAGCCGCUUUCGCACCAGUAGAAAACGAGGAGAGUGUAGAAAAGGGAAAUUCACAGUUCUACUGCGAAACGGGACCGACGGACACGGCGCCCGAAUCGAAUACGGAAUCUCCCGAAAACGAGGAAGUGAUCGAAAAAAUCGUAGAAGAAGAUAACAGCCAACUGGCGUCGCCCUUGCGCGUGUGCUCCGACGUGUUCGAGAGGAUGCAUCGAGAGCUGCAGGAGAAGCGCUCGUCGGACGCCUACGACCGCAUGCACCAGGAGCUCCAGGAGAGGUGGCGAGAGAAGGAGCGGACUGAAAUGUCCCCCGACAUCUCGCCUUCCAACCUGGGGGACGACGGCAAGGCGACUCGGCCCGACAACCUGCCGCUGUUCGACGAGGACGGCAAGCCGCUGCGGCCGCCGCGGGCCAAGGCCAAGAGAAAAGAAGACGUGGCGCGGGACCAGAGAGACGCCCGGCUGCUGUCGGUGCCCAACAUUAAGUACACGAAGCAAGAGUCUGUGAAGGACUUGCGCAAGAAGCAGGCGGCGAGCCAGCCGGCGCCGUCGUUCGCCGGGAACCUAAUGCGGCGUUUCAGAGGGUUUGUAGCGAGACUUUGCACCAGAAACGAACGUACCGUUGAAGAACCACCGACAGAGCAAGUAAUAGAAGUGCCCACCAGGAUAGACAAGCUGGACAGCUCGUUCUCGCGGUCGCGCUCCAGCAGCAUGUCGAGCCUGGAGAACAUCUCUCAGGAAGGCAUUCAGUGCCUCGCCUUCGCCGACAGCUAUACCAAGAAGUCAGAUCCCACGACGCUGCUGCCGACGCUAUGGAUCGGCACGACGCUGGGGUCCGUGCUCACGAUGAUGAUCAGCCUGCCCGAGACAGACCUCAGGCACACGCAGCCCGUCGUUGUCUCCACCAGUGGUGGUCCUAUUUUUAGAUUAAAAGGUUCAAUAUUGGCGAUGUCAUUUUUGGACUGCAAUGGUGCUUUAAUUCCUUACUCGUACGAAAGUUGGAAGGACGACAGUAAAGACUGCAGAGACCGUCGCGAGCGCACGCCCACCAAGCAGGGCUCGUCGGGCAGCAGCCACAUGAGCCCCUCGCCGGCGCCGGGCGCCGAGGCGGCCGCCGACCGCCAGUUCGUGGUCAUCGCGUCCGAGAAGCAGGCGCGAGUGGUGGCGCUGCCGAGCCAGAACUGCGUGUACCGCCAACAGAUCGUCGAUACGGACUUCGUCGUUAAGUCCGAGAUCGUCAGUUUAAAAGACAGCGUAUGCCUGGUGAACUACCUGUCCACCGGCCACCUGGCGGCGUACAGCCUGCCGUCGCUGCGGCCGCUCGUGCACAUCGACUUCCUGCCGCUGUCGGAGCUCAGCUUCCAGACACAGUCCAAACAGAGGGGUAUCGUAGACCCAAUGCUCUCCAUAUGGGGCCAGCAACUGAUAGUUAACGAGGACACAGAUCAAAUAGCGAAGACCUUCUGCUUCAGCAACCGCGGGCACGGUCUCUACCUCGCCUCGCCCACGGAAAUACAGAAAUUUACCAUCGACGCAGAAUUCUGCCAGCAGCUCAACGAGAUGAUCGGCGAGCUCUUCCUGCCGCGCGACAUGCCCGAGCCGCCCAAGGAGAGCUUCUUCCGCGGCCUGUUCGGCGGCGGCUCGCGCCCGCUGGACCGGGAAGAGCUCUUCGGGGAGAACAGCGGCAAGCCGAACCGCGCCGUGGCCAAGCACAUCCCCGGGCCGUCGCUGGACGCGCUGGGCGCGCGCGCGGGCGCGGCGGCGGGCGAGGUGGCGCGCGCGCACCAGCUGGUGCUGGAGCGCGGCGACAAGCUGUCGCAGCUGGAGGACCGCACCGAGCGCAUGCACCUGCAGGCCGGCGAGUUCUCGUCCUCCGCGCACCAGCUCAUGCUGAAGUACAAGGACAAGAAGUGGUACCAGCUGUGAGCCGGCACGCCUCGGGCUAGACGUCCGGGUCGCACCUGUCGGCGGUCGCGCUAUCGGAGUCGUCGUUCGCUGCGUGACAUCGUUACCGCCGUCUCGGAGCCGCGCUCCGUCCCGUUAGAGCUUAGCGACCUUCGAAAUUUUACUAAGAAACAUUAGAAUAAUAACUUCUUCGUAGGCGUGACUCGACGUCGAUAAACGCACAAACUCCUUCUGUCUGUGACCCUGCGUCCGCACGAGCGAGAGCGCACUCGUCGCUAUACGUUCAAUUAUUUCUGUGCCUCGAAGUGUUACGCGUGACACUCCACGGAGCACCCGAUGUUCGUCGCGAGGUAGCAAGGUAAGCUGGAGCUCCGAAAUCUGUCAUUUGUAUAGUUGUCGAUCGGUCGUCUAUACUGAAUGAAACUUACACUAUCUGGGGAUCUGAUCUUCCUUAGCACUAGACUCGAAGCGACAUCUCCGAGUCGCGGUGUGGUGGUUUCCCGGAGUCCAAGAGUAGUUAGAGAGUAUGAGCGCCUGACGAGCCGUGCCCGCACGCCGGGUCGCACGCCCGGCGCCGCACCGCGCGAGCGCCGCGACGUCCGCAUUCCUCGUGCGAUGUGAUAUUGUAAAUAUUAUUACUUACUAUAUACUUAAUCUUUUUAUACAGUGUACCUUAUAUAUUACUAAAGUAGUGAUUUCUCUAUAUCGCACUCUUCCCGUCUCGCGUCUUCUCCUGUUUUAACACUAUAUUUUCCACUUCACCACGGACGCGGCCGCGAGCCGGCGCAUAAUAUAUGAAUACCUAUUGAAAUAAAUUAGUGCUAUUUUAAUUAUUUGGCUCCCCGUCGCUCACUCGCUACGUCCGAGCCGUCGGCAAGUGUGAGGCGAGAGGUGGCUCUCGUCGAGUCGUUACGGUGUUAUGUUAAAGUAUUGAAUAAAUAUGAGAUUAUUUAAUGUUGCUACUUUAAUGAAACUAAAGUAGAUGUAACUUUUUAUAGGUGCGGAUGAGCGACAAAUUAAUUUAACUAUAAUAGGUAUUGCGAAUGAUGUUGAUCUGUAUAAAGUAUUGAAUAAAUAAAUAAAUGUUAUAAAAUAAAAUGAUUGAAGAUUUAAGAAGCAUUGGAUGACAAUAAUUUUGUUACUCUUUCGACAGAGAGUUUAUUUGACGCCGCGAGGUGGCUUCGGUUUUUUUUUUACAUCUUCGUUUAUUAUUUUUGCAAUCUUGUGCUCUGAAAUUAGUUGUAAUGUACUUUUAAUUCAAAUUUGAUACGUGUUAAUAUAAUUUAAAAAAUUCAAUAUAUAUCGUUUAUGCGCUUAUUUUACUUGACUUUAAUUCUUGUUUAAACUUAAAUUAUAUUUGAUGAAUGAUGUUAGUUGUGAGUAGCAGUGGAGGAGGAGUGGUCAUCAUUCUGCAUUGAGAAAUGCAGCGCGCGGGUUCGCUGUAUGAGAGUAGUAUGAGACUUGCACGCUCGCGCUCCAAGAUAAUACAAACACUACAACGUCCCAGUAAUCUAACGGGCACGCAUGCGAUGCUCCUCGCAUGGCUGUGGACGCGUCAAAUUGUGC